GGCUAAUUAGCCAGUCCAUCCUUCAUUUCCAUAUCCUGAGUGUGUCCGCUGGAACGCAGCCAAUCCCUCUGCGCGCGCAGGGCAGUGCAAAUUCACGGGAUAGACCUCCGACAUGCGCAAACUGCACAUCGGUAACAACAUCUAAUAUCCCAUAUUCACUGACCCGGUACUGUACGUAUUGCAUCCGUCCAGCACCGAUGUAUCUAGAGAUACCCGUGCCGACGCGCAGCGCACCAGAAUGUCCCGGCGCAAGCAAGCUAACCCUCAGCAUCUCAAAUCGGACGAGGAAGGAACACAAUCACAGAGCAGUCCAGACAACGAGCUCUUGAGGAAAAGGGGUGACAACAGCAGUGUCAGCGAGAGCCAGAGUGGGAGCGAGGAAAUUCACGUCUGCCCGAAGUGCUGUGCCGAGUUCUUCAAGUGGUCAGAGCUGCUGGAGCACCAGAGAAAGUGUACGGAGGAGCCCCCUGUGCUGAUCGUGCAAGAGGAUGAAGGAUUUCCUGUUCCUCAGGGGUCUCCUACGGAAUCCCCAUUAAGUGCUCAAAGUGACCUGGCUGAGAAUGAAAACAUGGAGCAGGAGUCUGAAUUAGCUGAAAAGGGUGAAAGAAACCUCAGUGUUCCUGAGGGGACUUAUGCAGCAGGGGCAGAUGAGCCUAUGGAAACUAAUGCACCUGUGGAUAAAGCAUCAGAUCCUUCCAUCAGCUCUCUUCCAUCUGGUUCCAAUGAGAGUGCCACUUCUCUACCGUUAUCUUCUCUAAGCACAAACUAUGGUAUCCCCAGCACAAAUGUAACCUUAGAGAUCCUCCAUAGUACCAGAGUGGCUGUUGCCCAGUUUUCCCAGAGUAUUCCAGGUGAUGGAUCUGGUGGUAAGACGAGCUCACUGGCAAUACCCAUGAUUCUAGAGCAGCUGAUGGCUUUACAGCAGCAGCAGGUCCACCAGCUGCAACUCAUUGAACAGAUUCGCAGUCAGGUUGCUGUGAUGAACAGGCAGCCUACACAGGCCGCACUAAAUCCAGCUUCCAAGGGACUGGCCUCUGCCUCUUCCACCUACCAUUUGCAAGGCAUGACCCCUCCUCCUGUACUUCCAUUAUCUGGAGUCAUGCCUUGCACUGUGACUGAUCAGGCCUCUAUAACCCACACAUCCAUACUUGAGGACCCACCAUGUCUACCUUCACAGUCAAGUGGUGAACAGUCCAUCACUAAAAAUACUGACAGUACCUCCAUUUCCUUAACAAACCCCAAACCUCCUCUGUCCAAAUACACAGCGAUAUCUUCACAAAUGCCAUCCUAUAAUGGUAUUCUUUCCAAUGCUAGUCAUACGCAGCCUCUGACCCCUCCUGGUCCACUGUCUGUAACCCCUUCUGCCAACCUGCCACUACUACCUCAAAGCCCUCCUAGUGGAGUAAUCUUCCCUAACCCACUUGCCAGCAUUGCAGCUACCACUAAUGCAUUAGACCCACUGACUGCUAUGAUGAAGCAUCGCAAGGGCAAAAUGGCAAGCGUCUCCAUAUUUGACACAAAGCCGAGCUCUGAAGACCCCUUCUUUAAACACAAAUGCAGGUUCUGUGCUAAGGUUUUUGGCAGUGACAGUGCCUUGCAGAUCCACUUACGCUCUCACACAGGUGAGAGACCCUUUAAAUGCAACAUAUGUGGCAACCGUUUCUCCACGAAAGGAAACCUUAAAGUUCACUUCCAAAGGCACAAGGAAAAAUACCCUCAUGUUCAGAUGAACCCAUAUCCAGUGCCAGAGUAUCUCGAUAAUAUUCCCACCAGUUCUGGUAUACCUUAUGGAAUGUCUUUGCCUCCAGAGAAAGCAGGGUCAACAUGGCUUGACAGCAAACCUGUUCUACCAACACUACCUGCUAUGGUGGGCCGGCAGCUGCCCAUAACAGUGACCAGUGCAGAAAACUUCAAAGAUUCAUUUAAUGUGCCCUCAGAUAGAUUUCCAAAAAGGAUUUCACCAGCCAGAAAUGAAAGUGGAUCUUUGUCACCGAAGGCUCUAGGCCAUGAAUCAAAUAUAUACACUCAGUCAGACAAUGAGGCAGGUGUACCUAAGGUGACUGCUACCCUCCAGUCAAACAAGGGAGGAGAGACCACACCAGUUUCAAAAGUAGAGGAUUUUCACCAGGCCACAAAAUCUAUAACCAGGCAAGCAGAAAAUUACCUUUCUGUAAAUUGCAACACUUCCCCCAAAUCUAUAUCUCCAGAAAUCCACACUACAACAAAUACAUCAGAGACUGCUAAUGUGAUCACAUCGGUGAUGAAAUCCUCUACGCCUCCUCUAAACUCAGAACAGUUCAAAUCUGGGUUUCCUUUUGGAGGCAUCAUCCCAGACUCUGUCCACACAUCAGAGACGUCAAAACUUCAGCAGCUUGUGGAGAACAUUGACAAAAAGAUGAAGGACCCCAAUCAGUGUAUAAUUUGCCACCGUGUGCUCAGUUGUCAGAGUGCACUGAAGAUGCAUUAUCGCAUCCACACUGGGGAGAGGCCCUUCAAAUGCAAGGUAUGUGGCCGUGCCUUUACAACAAAGGGGAACCUGAAGACCCACUGUGGCGUUCACCGGGUGAAACCUCCUCUUCAGGUGCAGCAUUCCUGCCCCAUUUGUCAGAAGAAGUUUACCAACGCUGUUGUGCUGCAGCAGCACAUCCGCAUGCACAUGGGGGGCCAGAUUCCCAAUAACCUUCAAACUCUCCCACCAGACACUGUCCUGGAAAAAGACUCUGACUUGACUUUUGACGAGAAGAGUUUUGACAGCAUUAAUGAUUAUGAGGAUGAUAGCCUUGAUGACAUUUCAUAUGAAGAGGAGGGGGAUAUUGCAGACCCAUUUAACUCUUUUUCAGACAGUUCAUCACCAAUUUCACCAAUACCCCCUGCUGUAUAUGAAAUGAACACAUCAACCAGUGACUCAGCUGUUAGUCUCAAGCAUUUUACUGGACACAAGUCAGUAAUGAGUGACUUUUUGGACAAUGAUCGUCCAACUAAUGGCUCACCUUUUGUAGAAGACUUAGAGAGACCUCUCAUGCCAGAUUCAGCCACUUCCAUUCAUAGGCCUCUCCCCCCAGCUGAACCGCAGUCUGAGUGCCAUCGCAAUUUCCCAGCUUUGCUUUUCACCUCAGAUACCCAAGAGAAGGUGGCUACAAUUAAAUGUGAAAUGUCAGAAUCCCCUGUCCCAAAUAUUAUGAAUGGAGCUUUCCUUGAUCAUAUGAACAAGUCUUCAGUUAAAAAGGAGAGUAGUUUUAAUGUGCAGUAUUUCAGCAAGGAGCAUGGAGGAAGCCAGAGGUCCUCUGAUAUGGAUACUAACAACAUUCAGGCCUCUUUUAAAAUGGAAGUGGAAGGCUACAGUAGGUCAUUUGGAUUGAAAGAAGGAACUUUUUCCCCAUUUGGACCCAUUCCGUCUUCACAUAGAGCCUCUGAAGCAACCAUCCCAGGCAUCACUUCACUCCUCGGAAAUCCACCACCUCGACGAACCUCUAAGCAACACAACUGCAAUGUAUGCGGGAAGAACUUCUCCUCAGCGAGUGCCCUGCAGAUCCACGAGCGCACACACACCGGUGAAAAACCAUUUGCGUGCUCCGUUUGUGGCCGGGCUUUCACAACAAAGGGAAACCUCAAGGUGCACAUGGGCACCCACAUGUGGAAUAAUACACCUGCCCGCAGAGGCAGGCGUUUGUCAGUGGAAAACCCGCUGGCCUUUCUGGGUGGCGAGGCCCUUAAAUUCAGUGAAGUGCUUCAGAAGGACUUAGCAGCACGGGCCAUGAACGUAGACCAGAACUUUUGGAGUCAAUAUGCUGCGGCCAUUAGCAAUGGCUUAGCCAUGAAGAAUAACGAAAUAUCAGUCAUUCAGAAUGGAGGACUGGGUCAGCUCCCUGCCAUAACCAUGGCCAUGGACAAGGCCAGCACUGGCAACAGCCCACCAAUCACAACACUGGGAAAAACGAGUGUAGAUCUCGGGACUGGACGGCACUUUUCUAUGCUGAUAGAUGAAAAUAAAGAGAUUAGAAUCAACUGAAUUCAAUAGGGUAGAAAUAUUCUCAUAUGAAAAGAGAUACAUGGAGUACUUAAUCUGAAUGGAUGAUUUUCAGAUGUUUAAAAUUUUACUCAAUUUCCUGGUUAGGUAUGGCUCCUUCUUGUGAGCUCCUUCUUGUGAGCACUUAAUGGUACAAAAAUCUAUGGUUGGGAAGUGUAAAAGUGAACAAACAUGUUACCAGCAGUAACACAGAAUAUAAUUUAUAAGCAAAAUGCAGCUCAAUUUAAACUUUGUAUUGAAUACAAGUUAAGAAAGGGUGUACAAUCUAUGAAGGAAAUCAAAAUCAAAUGAUUCUGAUUGUAUAGCAAUGAUCUAGUUACUACUGAAAACAAAUGUGUUCAGUAUGUCCCCCAUGCUAAAGGUCCACUUUGUGAUUUUACUACAAUAAAGUUGAGGCCACAUUCUAAAGGUGAAAAGAAAGCAUUCUUGCUGUUCAAUGUCUACUUAUGUAAUUUAGAACUCCACUUAAUUGUCAUCCAACAUUCUCAAUAAGAGCAUUUUUACUAAAUCAGUUUUUUCCUUUUUGCUAAGUAACAUUUAAGGAGGACAUCUACAAUUAGUACUGAGAGUCACACACUGAAACAGAUACUUAUUAUUAUCAGGCUUUACUGAUAAUUACUAAGGGAAUUUUUUUUGUCUUUUAAAAUACUUUCUUCUCAUGUCACAGGUAUCUUUGUCAGUUACAACAUUUAAAACACAAAAAUAGUGACAAUAAACAGCCCAGUAAUCAGAAUUAAAUUAAGUUAAAUGAGAGGUGAAUUGUUGUUUUUAGUUGUAAUAUUCCUUGGAUGAAAGUAAAAUAAAUAGAUACUUUGUGAGUUUUGCUGAGAGAAAGUGGUGCUAAGGUGAUCAUUCAGUAUAUGUGCUGGGUUUUCACUGAUUUACAGUGAGCAGUUGUACCUGACGUUGGUCUGGAUGAAGGUUGGGAUGGCAGAUAAUGUACUUCUAUAUUCAAGGAAUAAUUUAUUCUCAUGUUGGUUUACAAUCCAAUGAGUAUGAAGGUUGCACUUGACAGGAUUACUUUCAGUAAAAAAUACAUAUGUAAGGUUGUAGUAAAAAAAGUUUAAAAAUAAUUUAGUGUAUAUUUGGUAAGCUAGCAGAGUUAAGGUUCAAAAUAAAGACUUCAUCUUUUGUGAUCCUGUUAUUUUUCAUGUAGAAUUGAUCUUUAAUAUAAGGCAGCAUCACUAUGCUGAUUGUGAUUAACAAAAUAAAAGAUGGCACAUCAUAAUGCACUGAUGCUUAUUGGGAAAAUACACAUUUUUCAAUAGUGGCCUGCCUUUUUAGUUCACGUUGAAGAUUAACACUGACGCAUGGGACGUUAAGUAUAGUCUUAAAGCCCCAAUCAGGAAUCCCUGCAAAUGACUUUCCAGUUGUGGUGCUCUACAACACAGAGCAUAAUGCUCUCUGUCGGAAAAAGAAACUGGGAUUCUUUCGUGACUACUGUACAGUUACAUAUGUUAGGAUUCUCUAUCUUUCAAAUGUGUAAAUAUGUUUUCCUGCCUGUGCCUGGAGGAAAAGCUCUAUCAAAAGAUUUAUAGCACAAAAUUAAGAAUAUGUGGUGAAAGAAGUCGGAAUAAUUUGUAGAGACUUUGCUUUUUACUUUAUAUGUAUUGAUGCAGUUGUUUUGAUUAUUUAAGUGCUGAUUACAUUAUAGUAAUAUUUUGUGCUCUUAGAUUACAUUGUUAUUAGAUUUAACUCCAAAACCAAAGGCACAGUUUCAAUAAAACCAUAUUUGCUGUGUCCUUUGAAUGAAACGAGACACUAUUUUUAUAUUACAGCAUAUUUACAUGGAUUCGGGAAGGAGCAGCAUAUUGUUAUUUUUGCUGGACUGACAGUAUUUUUACAUGAUGAGGCAAAAAUCAAACCUUUUUGCUGAAUCAGAUUUAUUUCUA